AUGGAGGGCGAGGGGAAAAUGCUCAAUAUUGCCGUCGCUGGCUUAGGGCGAAUGGGCAAAAGACACGUCUCUACACUCCAGGCCCGAGUCGAUCGCGCUCGAGUAGUCGCCGUCUGUAGCGCGGCACCUCAUGAAGUGGAAUGGGCUCGCAACAAUCCCGACUACAUCGACUUCGGCAUCAAAACCUACGAUUCAUACGAGGAGAUGUUAAAUCACGCCGGUCUUCAAGCCGUCUGGAUCUCCACCAGCACAGACGUUCACGCCAGUCAAACCAUCCAAGCAGUGGAAAAGGGACUCCAUGUCCUAUGCGAGAAACCACUUAGCACCAAGUUGGAUGAGGUCGAAACUAUCAUCCAGGCCGCCCAAGCACGACCCGACCUCAAAGUCAUGGCGGGCUUCUCCCGCCGCUUCGACGCUUCGUACCGCGAUGCACACGCGAAAGUCGCAGCCCACACGAUCGGCGAACCGUAUCUCAUCCGCAGCAACACGUGCGACUUGCUGGACGAAACGGGGUUUUUCGUCCAAUAUGCCCGACGCAACGGGGGGAUCUUCGUCGACUGUACGAUCCACGACAUCGACUUGGCCCUCUGGUUCAUGGACAAUCCAAAACCCAAAUCGUGCUUCGCGGUCGGCACGCUCAAACACCAUCCGGAACUCGCCGAGUCCAACGACGUGGAUAAUGGCGUCGGUAUCGUCGAGUUCUACGGCGGCAAAAUCGCCUACUUCUACUCCAGCCGCACCCAGUCGCACGGCCACGAUGUCUGUACCGAAGUCACGGGCACACAGGGCAAGGUGAUGGUGAACGUGAUUCCAAAGUCGAACAAUGUCGUGCUGGCCGAUAAGUUGGGCAUGCGUCAUGAGGUGCAGCCUGAAUAUUGGCAGCGGUUUGAGGAUGCGUUUGCCACGGAGGCCGCCGAGUUUGUCGACAGUGUGCUGAAUAAUAAACCGGUGCCUGUUGCGCUGGAUACGGGGUACAUGGUCAUGAAGAUCGGGCGGGCGUUGCAGGAGAGUCUGCUCACCGGGCGGGUGGUGAGAUUCGAUGAACAGGGGAACAGGAUUGAGGAUAGGUAG